AUGGCCGACCACACCUACAAGUUCAACGUCAGCAUGUCCUGCGGCGGCUGCUCCGGCGCCGUCGACCGCGUCCUGAAGCGGUUGGAGGGCGUCAAGAGCUACGAGGUCUCCCUCGAGAGCCAGUCGGCCACCGUCGUGGCCGACCCCGGCCUGUCCUACGAGACGGUCCUCAAGACGAUUUCCAAGACGGGCAAGAAGGUCAACUCGGGCGAGGCCGACGGCGAGAGCCGCAGCGUGGAGGUGCAGGCGGACUAA